CUGUUUGUGUUUUUGAGAAGCAAUCUUCCAAGCAAGAAAAACCAGAAUUACUAUGUACGGGCACAAUCACAACGACGAUUUCACCACUUCAGCGGUUCUUUCCGGCCAAUCUAGGCCGGAUCCUCUGACCAUUCCGGCGACGGCGAGCAUUGCCAGAUUUGAUGGGUCCUUCCAGAAUAUGGGCCGAGUUGCUCCUCAUUUCAUUUGGUCCGGCGAUUUUCAGGGAAUAGAAAAUUAUAGGCUGUCGGAGAGGCCAUUGUUGAAUGAGGAAAGCUAUAGCAGCAUCAUAGAGGGGAUGAACAGGGUCUGUCGUUACAGUCCGGAGGAGAAGAAACAGAGAAUUCAGAGGUACAGAAACAAGAGAAACCAAAGGAACUUCAACAAGACCAUUAAGUAUGCAUGUAGGAAAACGUUGGCCGACAGCAGGAUACGCAUUAGGGGGCGUUUCGCUAGAAAUGACGAAAUAGAGAAGGAAGAUCGUGAUGAAGAAGAAGAAGAAGAGUACGACGAGAAUUGGACCAACUUUCUUCAAAUGUUUCAAUUUUAGCCAACUUAAUCCCACCAUUAAGCUUGUUAUUUUUCAUGUUUUUGCAAAUUAUAAGAUUUUAGGAUCACCUAAGUGUAAGCAUUGACUGGUUUAUACUCCCUCAAUGACACUGUUAAUUAGAUAGAGUCAUUGCUGUGUUGGGUAGAUUGGGAGAAUCGAAUGAAAAA